AUGGCGUCGUUUAACCUUGCAUCGUAUCGUGUCAGUGCUGAAGAUGCUCAGACACCACAAAUCAGCAACAAGAAAGCUGGCAGGACAGCAGUCAAGCAACAAAGUUCACCCGCACCGACAGUCCCUGCACAGAAGGAGAUACCCUACUCCAUCCAAGUAUCCAAAACACGCCGAAAGUAUGAUUGUCCGUACCACAUGCCCAUUGUAGAUCUCCACACACAAGGCACCUCCGCGAGCGAGAUGUCACCUAUGGAGAGGUUCUUGAGUGCUGCACACUCGGAGCAUCCGGUGGCGCUGUCGGAUGCCCCGCGUGUGACGCGCAACAAAACCGCCGAGAUCCAAGCAACUUUCCACACCAACGUCUUCGCGCACGUCGCCGUCACCCAAGCUGUCCUGCCCUACCUGCGCGCCCAGAAGAGCGGCACCAUCGCCUUCAUGGAAAGCAUUGCCGGCUGGGAGGGCGGAGCCGCCUGCGAAGUCGCGUCGUUCGGCAUCAAAGUCACUGUCGUAGAGCCCGGCUACUUCCGCACCAACUUUCUCGCCUCUGGCUCCAAGUCCCUCGCGAAGAAUCCCAUUGCUGACUACGACUUUGUCCUUGCAACGAUCAAGGGCAUAUUCCAGACCUUCAAUGGCAACCAGCCCGGCGACUCAGUCAAGGGCGCGCAGCCCAUUGUCGAGGCGCUGAAUUGCACGGGCCGGGAGGAGGGUCGCGAGUUGCCCCGGAGGUGGUUGAUUGGACCCGAUGCCGUGGGCUUUGUAACUGGCGUCAUUGAGAAAGAGACAAAGAGCAUCGAGGCGUGGAAGGACCUCUCUGCCACUACCAAUCUCGAUCAGUUGGCUUAA